UUAAAUAUAGACCUUACCCUCCCCAUUUUUUUCUCAUCCAAUUAUUCCUCUCUCUCUCUCUCUCUCAAAUUCAAAUCGAGAAAAACAAAAAAAAGGAUAGGGUUUUCGUCUCCGUCUCUCUGUUCGAUUUGGAUUCAGAUUCAUUUCGCUGUUUAAUCGAAUAGAUAUAACGAUGUCGCGAUAUUUCACAUCUCCACCGCCUGUGUAUGCAAGGAACUGGGCGAACGGUCAGAACCUGGUCGAAUCGACUAAGAUCAUCGAAAGACAAGUAGUACCUUCUAACAAGGUUCACCGCAAAGAGAAAGAGAAGGAGGAGAGGAAGAAAGAAAAGAAACAUAAGAAUGUGAAAUCCGUUGAACAGCUGUAUCUACCGACCAAGCAAGUGUGUGAUGAAUCUGAACAGCUUGAGAAGAGUUGUUUGACGGAAGAGCAUGAGCAACAUCACCAUGUUGGUUAUUUAUCUGAUGGUAGCCAGAACAGUAGGAAGAGAAGAAGGGAAGCUUCUCCCGCUGUUGAGAGUGACAUCAAAGCUACCCCUGUAGUUGGUAAGCCUCUACGGAUACGAUUUGUCUUCAAGAAACCUAAAGAAGCUGAGGCUGUUUUUCCUCGAGAGGAUCCUGUUUGCUCCACGUCAGGGACUGAUGGACACAUAGAAACAUCAACUUAUGUCUCAGCCCAUGAUGAGAAUCUGCUUUCAACUUCUCUUGCGAGUCGAAAGACUGCAAUUCCUUCCGAGUCAAAGAGUAAAAGGAAGCAUAAGAUUAGCAAAGAAUCUCGGUACAGUUCGUUGUUUGAUGAACCGGUUCUUCCCUGCAUUUCUAUGGAGGAAGAUGAUAACAGCAGUGAUGACUGGCUUCUUGGUGCGAGGCCGCAAAAGAAGGCUCCUGACAAGUCUUGUAUGAAUGAAGACAUGGUUAGCAACAUGCAGAAGUCUGGAGAUUCAUGUUUCCCUAGACCCCAGUAUUUGCCUGAAGUGGAGAUUUUUUCAUUGCCAUACACAGUCCUGUUUUAGGCCUGCCCCCAAAAUUGUUUUGUUCUUUCUCAGCUUUAGCCUUGGGCCUUAGCUUGUACAGUUCCACUGAUUGUAACAAACACAAGUAUCAAUAAUACUUUGACUGAUCUCUGA